AUGGAAGCCAGUGCCCGGACCCCGAUCAGACUGGUGAAUGGUGAUAAUGAGUGCUCUGGCAGAGUGGAGAUCUACCUUGUUGGCCAGUGGGGAACGGUGUGUGAUUACUCCUGGAACAUGAACAACGCUGAGGUGGUGUGUAGACAGGCUGGCUGUGGCAGAGCUCUGGCUGCUCUCAGCAGUGACCACUUUGGACGGGGCAGCGGGCCCAUCUGGUUGGAUAAUGUGAGGUGUUCUGGAACCGAAUCCUCCCUGACACAGUGCCAGCGCCCUGGGGUUCCGUCUAACUUCUGUUCUCACUAUUCAGAUGUUGGUGUGAUUUGCUCAGAUGUGUUUCAUAUAGCGAUCAGAUUGGUGAAUGGAAGUGAUCAAUGCUCUGGUAGAGUGGAGAUCUACCAUGUUGGCCAGUGGGGAACGGUGUGUGAUAACUCCUGGAACAUGAACAACACUGAGGUGGUGUGUAGACAGGCUGGCUGUGGCAGAGCUCUGGAUGCUCUCAGCAGUGCCCACUUUGGACAGGGCAGUGGGCCCAUCUGGUUGGGUGAUGUGAGCUGUUCUGGAAACGAAUCCUCCCUGACACAGUGCCAGCACCCUGGAUUUGGGUCUUACAACUGUAGUCACCAUGAAGAUGCUGGUGUGAAUUGCUCAGUAACUCCCCAGACCCAGGUCAGACUGGUAAAUGGAAAUAACGAGUGCUCUGGCAGAGUGGAGAUCUACCAUGUUGGCCAGUGGGGAACGGUGUGUGAUAAAUCCUGGAACCUGAAUGACGCUGAGGUGGUGUGUAGACAGGCUGGCUGUGGCAGAGCUCUGGCCGCUGUCAGCAGUGCCCACUUUGGACAGGGCAGUGGGCUCAUCUGGUUGAAUGACGUGAGCUGUUCUGGAAACGAAUCCUCCCUGACACAGUGCCAGCACCCUGGAUUUGGGUCUAACUUCUGUUCUCACUAUAGAGAUGUUGGUGUGAUUUGCUCAGCGAUCAGAUUGGUGAAUGGAAGUGAUCGAUGCUCUGGCAGAGUGGAGAUCUACCAUGUUGGCCAGUGGGGAACGGUGUGUGAUAACUCCUGGAACAUGAACGACGCUGAGGUGGUGUGUAGACAGGCUGGCUGUGGCAGAGCUCUGGAUGCUCUCAGCAGUGCCCACUUUGGACAGGGCAGCGGGCCCAUCUGGUUGGGUGAUGUGAGCUGUUCUGGAAACGAAUCCUCCCUGACACACUGCCAGCACCCUGGAUUUGGGUCUUAUAACUGUAGUCACCAUGAAGAUGCUGGUGUGAAUUGCUCAGCCAGUGCCCGGACCCCGAUCAGACUGGUGAAUGGUGAUAAUGAGUGCUCUGGCAGAGUGGAGAUCUACCAUCUUGGCCAGUGGGGAACGGUGUGUGAUUACUCCUGGAACCUGAACGACGCUGAGGUGGUGUGUAGACAGGCUGGCUGUGGCAGAGCUCUGGCUGCUGUCAGCAGUGCCCACUUUGGAGAGGGCAGUGGGCUCAUCUGGUUGGAUGAUGUGAGGUGUUCUGGAAAUGAAUCCUUUCUAACUCAGUGCCAGCGCGCUGGGUUUCAGUCUAACUUCUGUUCUCACGAAAAAGAUGUUGGUGUGAUUUGCUCAGAUGCGAUCAGAUUGGUGAAUGGAAGUGAUCGAUGCUCUGGCAGAGUGGAGAUCUACCAUGUUGGCCAGUGGGGAACGGUGUGUGAUAACUCCUGGAACAUGAGCGACGCUGAGGUGGUGUGUAGACAGGCUGGCUGUGGCAGAGCUCUGGCUGCUCUCAGCAGUGCCCACUUUGGACAGGGCAGCGGGCCCAUCUGGUUGGGUGAUGUGAGCUGUUCUGGAAACGAAUCCUCCCUGACUCAGUGCCAGCACCCUGGAUUUGGGUCUUACAACUGUAGUCACCAUGAAGACGCUGGUGUGAAUUGCUCAGGUAGGAAUGCCCAGACCCCGAUCAGACUGGUAGAUGGAGAUAAUGAGUGCUCUGGCAGAGUGGAGAUCUACCAUCUUGGCCAGUGGGGAACGGUGUGUGAUUACUCCUGGAACCUGAACAACGCUGAGGUAGUGUGUAGACAGGCUGGCUGUGGCAGAGCUCUGGCUGCUGUCAGCAGUGCCCACUUUGGACAGGGCAGUGGGCCCAUCUGGUUGGAUGAUGUGAGGUGUUCUGGAAACGAAUCCUCCCUGACUCAGUGCCAGCGCCCUGGAUUUCGUUCUAGCUUAUGUUUUCGCAGUGGAGAUGUUGGUGUGAUUUGCUCAGAUGUGUUUCAUUUAGCGAUCAGAUUGGUGAAUGGAAGUGAUCAAUGCUCUGGCAGAGUCGAGAUCUACCAUGUUGGCCAGUGGGGAACGGUGUGUGAUAACUCCUGGAACCUGAACAACGCUGAGGUGGUGUGUAGACAGGCUGGCUGUGGCAGAGCUCUGGCUGCUCUCAGCAGUGCCCACUUUGGACAGGGCAGUGGGCCCAUCUGGUUGGGUGAUGUGAGCUGUUCUGGAAACGAAUCCUCCCUGACACACUGCCAGCACCCUGGAUUUGGGUCUUAUAACUGUAGUCACCAUGAAGAUGCUGGUGUGAAUUGCUCAGCCAGUGCCCAGACCCCGAUCAGACUGGUAGAUGGAGAUAAUGAGUGCUCUGGCAGAGUGGAGAUCUACCAUGUUGGCCAGUGGGGAACGGUGUGUGAUUACUCCUGGAACCUGAACGACGCUGAGGUGGUGUGUAGACAGGCUGGCUGUGGCAGAGCUCUGGCUGCUGUCAGCAGUGCCCACUUUGGAGAGGGCAGUGGGCCCAUCUGGUUGGAUGAUGUGAGGUGUUCUGGAAAUGAAUCCUCUCUGACUCAGUGCCAGCGCCCUGGGUUUCGGUCUAACCUCUGUUCUCACCAAACAGAUGUUGGUGUGAUUUGCUCAGCGAUCAGAUUGGUGAAUGGAAGUGAUCGAUGCUCUGGCAGAGUGGAGAUCUACCAUGUUGGCCAGUGGGGAACGGUGUGUGAUAACUCCUGGAACCUGAACAACGCUGAGGUGGUGUGUAGACAGGCUGGCUGUGGCAGAGCUCUGGCUGCUCCCAGCAGUGCCCACUUUGGACAGGGCAGCGGGCCCAUCUGGUUGGGUGAUGUGAGAUGUUCUGGAAACGAAUCCUCCCUGACUCAGUGCCAGCACCCUGGAUUUGGGUCUUACAACUGUAGUCACCAUGAAGAUGCUGGUGUGAAUUGCUCAGCCAGUGCUCAGACCCCGAUCAGACUGGUAGAUGGAGAUAAUGAGUGCUCUGGCAGAGUGGAGAUCUACCAUGUUGGCCAGUGGGGAACGGUGUGUGAUUACUCCUGGAACCUGAACGACGCUGAGGUGGUGUGUAGACAGGCUGGCUGUGGCAGAGCUCUGGCUGCUCUCAGCCAUGUGCACUUUGGACGGGGCAGUGGGCCCAUCUGGUUGGAUAAUGUGACCUGUUCUGGAAACGAAUCCUCCCUGACUCAGUGCCAGCGCCCUGGGUUUCAUUCUAACUUCUGUUAUCACGAUCGGGAUGUUGGUGUGCUUUGCUCAGUUAAAAAUGUGUUUCAUAUAGCAAUCAGAUUGGUGAAUGGAAGUGAUCGAUGCUCUGGCAGAGUGGAGAUCUACCAUGUUGGCCAGUGGGGAACGGUGUGUGAUAACUCCUGGAACAUGAACGACGCUGAGGUGGUGUGUAGACAGGCUGGCUGUGGCAGAGCUCUGGCUGCUCUCAGCAGUGCCCACUUUGGACAGGGCAGUGGGCCCAUCUGGUUGGGUGAUGUGAGCUGUUCUGGAAACGAAUCCUCCCUGACACAGUGCCAGCACCCUGGAUUUGGGUCUCACAACUGUAGUCACCAUGAAGAUGCUGGUGUGAAUUGUUCAGGUAGGACACCCCGGGUCAGACUGGUAAAUGGAGAUAACGAGUGCUCUGGCAGAGUGGAGAUCUACCAUGUUGGCCAGUGGGGAACGGUGUGUGAUAACUCCUGGAACAUGAACAGCGCUGAGGUGGUAUGUAGACAGGCUGGCUGUGGCAGAGCUCUGGCUGCUCUCAGCAGUGCCCACUUUGGAGCAGGAAGUGGGAUCAUCUGGUUGAGUGAUGUAAGCUGUUAUGGAAACGAAUCCUCCCUGACACAGUGCCACCACCGUGGAUUUGGGUCUAACUUCUGUUCUCACUAUGAAGAUGUUGGUGUGAUUUGCUCAGGCUCGACCAUGACCCAUCACUAUGUUUAA